AUGUCUGAAGGAAAUGAUAAUCCACAAGAUCCACGUCCCGAGUUUUUCGGAAACUAUAUUAUAAAAGCUUUGAAAAUUAAGUCUGAAAAAUGGUUCAGAUUAAUGGUGACAGAAGAACAAGGUACAAAGGUGUACAACUUCUUGGAUAAUCCAGAAUGUAAUGUUCUGAUUAUAUUUCAGAAUAUGGCAGCACAAUUAUUUGCAAUGGACAGUUUUCCAGUUCCUCUGAAAACUAAAGCAAUUUAUUUUGUGAAAAUUGCCAAGGUUGUUGUACCCAAAGAAAAUCCAAGUUCAGUUCUUAUAAUUGGUGAUAUGGCGAGUAAGCCUAUUGAACAAUUGGCGACUAUUGUAGAUGACAUUUUUGUUCCGCUACUUGCAAAUCCAGAAAAUCAUAAAAACUGGGCAACUGUCGUUUCAUUAGAUGUCAAAGAACAUGUUCAUAGUCUGAAAAGUACUGUAUACCAAGUUAAAGGUCAAAUAAAUGGACAAACUAUUUUACCAAUGCCGGUUGGCGUGGAACGUUUGGAUAGUAUUGAAAAAAUAGUUAAGGAAAGUGAUGGGAAAAUAGUCGAUCUACACUUUAAAUCGGCUGUUGAAGGUGUUAUUAUAAAAUGGGCAACUCAAAUAACUGAAGUAUUAAGUGCAGAUUCUGUAUCGGCAUUCAAGAGUAAUCAACACUUAACUCCUUGGGCUGGUAAUAUUAAAAUCGAUAAAAAGUGGCAUUCUGGAAUAAUCGAGUACAAAAUUUAG